AGCCGUGGCGUUGUUCGGGCGAGCCGACGACGAGACCGUUGGUGUCUGGAAAAUUGUCUCGUGGGCUGGACACAAACAUUACUCGUAUUAGGCAUUUCUUAUACCUUCGGCAAGUUAGUAGUUUUGUAUUUUUAAAGACGUCGCAGUUAGUUAUCUUAUUUCUACCGGAGAAUGGCUGCUGCUGAAAUGAAUGGUAGUUCUGGCACGGUAAAGGAGGAAGAAGAGCCCAUGGAUGUGACUGCAGAACACACGGAGGACUACAAGACACUAAUUGCAGCAGGGCUGCCGCAGAAAGUUGCAGAAAGUCUAGAUAACAUCUUUCAAACAGGCUUGGUGUCAUAUGUUGACCUGGAUGAAAGGGCUAUUGAUGCCCUACGAGAGUUUAAUGAAGAGGGAGCACUCACUGUGUUGCAGCAGUUCAAAGAGAGUGACCUGUCCCAUGUGCAGAAUAAAAGUGCAUUCCUGUGCGGAGUCAUGAAAACAUACAGGCAAAGGGAAAAACAAGGAAGUAAAGUACAAGAAUCCACCAAGGGCCCAGACGAGGCAAAAAUAAAGGCACUGUUGGAGCGGACAGGAUAUACCCUGGAUGUUACAACUGGACAAAGAAAAUAUGGAGGCCCCCCACCUGAGAGCAUGUUCAAAGGCAUACAACCAGGGAUUGGAACAGAGGUGUUUGUUGGAAAAAUCCCUAGGGAUUUGUAUGAAGAUGAGCUUGUGCCCCUCUUUGAGUCAGCUGGUCCCAUCUGGGAUCUCAGGUUAAUGAUGGACCCGCUAUCUGGUCAAAACAGAGGUUAUGCCUUUAUCACAUACUGCAAUAAGGAGGAUGCACAAAAGGCUGUGAAGCUUUGUGAUAACCAUGAAAUCCGCCCUGGCAAGUACUUGGGAGUGUGUAUAUCUGUUGCAAACAAUCGUCUAUUUGUUGGAUCAAUUCCAAAGAACAAAACAAGGGAAAGCAUACUCGAAGACUUUGGCAAGGUCACAGAGGGUCUCCAGGAAGUAAUAUUGUACCACCAGCCAGAUGAUAAGAAGAAAAAUCGUGGUUUUUGUUUCCUGGAGUAUGAGGAUCACAAAUCUGCAGCACAGGCACGCCGCCGCCUUAUGAGUGGGAAAGUCAAAGUGUGGGGAAACCCUGUCACUGUGGAGUGGGCUGACCCUGUUGCUGAACCAGACCCAGAGGUCAUGGCCAAGGUAAAGGUACUCUUUGUGAGGAAGCUCGCUACAGCAGUGACUGAAGAACUUCUUGAGAAGACUUUCUCACAGUUUGGAAAGCUAGAGCGAGUGAAGAAAUUGAAAGACUAUGCUUUUGUACAUUUUGAGGAAAGAGAUGCUGCAGUAAAGGCUAUGGAUGAGAUGAACGGUAAAGAGCUGGGUGGAGAAGAAAUUGAGAUUGUCCUGGCAAAGCCCCCAGACAAGAAGAGAAAAGAGCGGCAAGCAGCACGGCAGACAACCAGGAAUGCAGGAUAUGAUGACUACUACUACUACCCACCUCCUCGCAUGCCACCACCAGGUCGAGGCAGGGGUCGUGGUGGGCGAGGGGGCUAUGCCUAUCCACCUGAUUACUAUGGGUAUGAGGACUACUAUGAUGACUACUAUGGCUACGACUAUCAUGACUACCGUGGUGGCUAUGAGGACCCUUACUACGGGUAUGAAGAUGUGUAUAGCAUGAGGGGUCGUGGUACUCGCCCCAGCAGGGGAGGGCCUCCACCGCCCAGGGCUCGCGGUGCUCCUCCAGCCCGAGGCCGAGGUGGCUAUGCCCAAAGAGGGCCACCCCUUGGUGGUCCUAGGGGUGGCCGAGGGGGGCGAGGAGCCCCUUUCCAGCCUCAGAGAGGCCGUGGUCCGCGUGGUGCCAGGGGUAAUCGUGGGGGGAACGUCGGCGGAAAGAGGAAGGCAGACGUGUUUAACCAGCCUGACUCCAAGCGCCGCCAGACCAACAACCAACAGAACUGGGGGUCCCAGCCCAUCGCCCAGCAGCCCCUGCAGCAAGGGGCCGACUAUUCCGGUAACUAUGGUUACAGUAAUGACACCAUGGAGUUUUCACAGGAUUCUUAUGGGCAGCAGUGGAAGUAGAUCCAUCAAAAGGUAUUUGGAAGCAAAAAAAGAAAAGAGAGAAAAUAAAGAAAAUUUAAAAAAAACAUCAACAAAAGAAAAAAGACAGGAGAUUGGCCACAAUUUUGUGAUUGACUUUUUAUUCUUCAUCCCUCACGAAAUAAAAUCUGUAUAUAUGCCAGAAAAAAAUGGACAGACUGCAGAAUUGGCUCAAGAUUGGCUGGAAAUCCUUUUGGCUGAAGAAAUGAACUUAACCGUUAUGGUCAUUUCUUACUCCUACGGUAACAUUGGGACUUUUCUUUAAAAAAAAAUACAAACACACAAAAACAGUUUUAUUGUUACUUUUUGUUCCUGGUCCUUUUAAAGCCAACAAUGAACAUUUACUAAAACGUGGACAUUCAUUCUAAAAAAUCUGAGAAGACAUUAAAUAAUGAUUUUUGCCUUGCAGGAAGUUUUUGUCUAUGUCCUCAUUCUUCCCUCCCCUUCUUGUACUCCCUUUAUUUGUGGUUUCUCAUAGCUGCUUAGGGACUUGCUUGUAAAUAAAUGCAUAUGGUUAGAGCUUCAUACUUCAUUUUUUGCUAUGGUGGAGAAAAGAAUCCACAGGAAGGAAGAAAAUCAAAGUUUUGUAAUGUUCGAAGUGUAUGCCUAGCAUUUCUAGAAGUAGUUAAAUUGUGAUUAUUUUAUUUUUUAAAACAAAUACCAUAACUUCCUUGUUUUCUUUAAACUUGCCCAGUAGAAUUCGGUUUGGCUUACCUUAAGAGCCAUAGCAGUUUGUUCUCUGAUGUUCUUUGUAUUUAUAACUUUUACGUUUGUUCAGUUUCAAUAAAACUCAGCUGAGAAUCA